AUGAGUGAUUCCCGCGAUCUCCCCGACUUCGAUGCCCUACCUCCCGUGGAAGGCAUGCCGAAAGGCUGCGCAUGGGGUGUUUUCGAUCGGGAUGGGCAUAAAGACAAGCUUGGCUGCCUCAACCUCCUGACAGCCGACACGGUCAAGGCGGCAUAUGCAGAAGCCCGCGACGGCGUGACCAUAUCUCUCAAUGCUUCUAUGAAUCUCCUGAAGGUCCCCGGGGGUCCCCGCGCAGCGACGGGCCACAAGGUGCUCUCGUGGGCUGAGGACGUCUCCCCGUCUGCGUGCGGCCACCUCAAGGUCCUGGACGACGAGGUCAGCUUCAACACGCAGGCCAGCUCGCAGUGGGACGGGCUCUGCCACUUUGCGCACCAGGGCACCGGGCUUGGCUACAACGGCGUCAGGGUCACCAAGGCGGGUCUGGAGGACCCGGACGAGCGAGGAGAUCUUCCCGGCUUGGAACAUUGGCAUAAGCGGGGAGGCGUGGUGGGGAGAGGCGUGCUUUUGGACUACCUCGCAUAUACCAGAGCAAAGGGUAUUACGUAUGAGCCUUUCUCGAGAUAUGCGAUCACGAUCGAAGACCUAGAGAAUGUAGCAGCGUUUCAAAAGACAGACUUCAGAAAAGGCGAUAUCCUUAUUGUAAGGGCAGGUGUUGCGGAGGCUUUGGAGGGGCUGAAUGGCGAAGAGCAGUUGGGCUUGAUGAUUAAGGGACAAGGCGGUAUGGCUGGAGUGGAGGGAAGCGAGGAUGCCGCCAAGUGGUUUUGGAAUAAACACUUUGCUGCUGUAGCCGGCGACACUUUUGCAUUUGAAGUAUUCCCCCCUCAAAAGCCCGACGGAUCACUAGGUGAUAUGGGUGACCUCGUGUUACACUCAUACUUUCUUUCUAUGUUCGGUUUGAAUAUUGGUGAACUGUGGAACCUGAAAACUUUGGGGGAGCACUGCGCCAGCACCAAACGCUAUUCUUUCCUGCUUACUUCUGUGCCACUGAACAUCCCAGGUCUCGUAGCUUCACCACCCAAUGCGUUGGCACUGUUCUAG